CUUUUUAAGGUGAAUUCUAAACAUAAUUUUUGCUUAAAUAUCUUUAUCAACGCUAAAGCACAUAAAUUAUCACGAAAUGCAGAUAAUGUUUCUUUUAUCUAUCAAACAUUCGAUUUUAUCUAUAAAAUGAAUAAAAUGCAUGUAACAAAAACGUGAUACGUAUUCGUGACAUAUUCUAAACUUCACAUAGUACUUGGUGGAAACUCUUGAAUCCAUUACAGUUAAAGCAAGAAGAAUUCAUACAUCACGAUGGUUGCCUUAGCAGGUGUUCUAACCACGGAAGUUUUGGAUCAGCUACGUGCAAAAUUCUUUGAAGAUAAUCGCAACAUUUUGGCACAAAAUGUAUGCACAAGAACCAAUCCUUUGGAAGCUUGUGUUUCACGAAAGGUUUUGCAAGAAACACAGCAUGUUUUUACUCAUAAAAUUGCAACAGAAGGAAAACCUAUAACAAAUCAAAAGAAUUCUGGCAGGUGUUGGGUAUUUUCCGCUUUAAAUGUUAUGAGAAGUGCCUUUAUGAAGCAAUACAACUUGGAUGAGUUUGAGUUUAGUCAAGCUUAUUUGUUCUUCUGGGAUAAAGUUGAAAGAUGCAAUUACUUCUUACAUAAUAUAAUAAAAACCGCUAAACGAAAUGAACUGGUAGAUGGUCGAUUAGUGUCAUUUUUAUUACAUGAUCCUAUUUGUGACGGAGGACAAUGGGACAUGUUUGUGAAUCUUAUAAAUAGACAUGGUCUUAUUCCUAAAAUUUGUUUCCCAGAAUCAUACAAUUGCGAAUCUAGUUCACGCAUGAAUACUCUUUUAAAAAGUAAAUUGAGAGAAUAUUCCAAGAUUUUGAGAGAUUUAGUAUCCAAUGGGGCAACAGACGAAGAAUUAGAAGCUCGGAUUCUAGAACAAAUGAUCGUAAUUUACCGAAUAAUUGGUAUUUGUUUAGGCAUACCAUCGAAAACAAUCACUUGGGAAUAUUAUGAUAAGUCAAAGAAUUAUAAUUGUAUUGGACCUAUAACACCAGUAGAAUUUUAUGAAAAACAUGUGAAACCCUAUUAUAAUGUAGAUGAUAAAGUAUGUUUAGUAACAGAUCCUAGGCCAUCUAAUCCAUAUGGAAAGCUUUACACCAUAGACUGUUUAGGAAAUGUUUUGGGAGGAAGACCUACACUGUAUAAUAAUCAACCACCCGAGUUAUUAAUGAAAUUAUGUGCAGAAAGUAUAAAGCAAAAUGAACCAGUGUGGUUUGGAUGUGACGUGAACAAACGAUUAAUAGCUAAACAAGGAAUACAAGACAUGAGAGCAUACGAUUUUGAAUUAAUGUUUGGAACUGAUAUUCAAGUUAAUCUUACGAAAGCAGACAGAUUACUUUAUGGAGAUUCUAUGAUGGUUCAUGCAAUGACACUUACAGCUGUUUCGAUUGAUAAUGACGGUAAAAUUAAACAGUUUCGAGUAGAGAAUUCUUGGGGAGAUGAUCAAGGACAGAAAGGAUAUUUAUUACUAACAGCUGAUUGGUUUUCCGAAUUUGUUUUUGAAGCAGUUAUUGACAAAAAAUUAGUACCUGCAGACGUUUUAAAUGUAUUUAAACAAGAAGCUAUUACUCUACCCGCAUGGGAUCCUAUGGGUACACUUGCUCACUGAUAAUAAUGUAAGCUUAAAAUUACUUGAAGAUGAAAUAUUUUAGUUAACGAAAAUGUAUAUAUAACAAAAGAUUAAAUAUCAAAUAAAGUUUUAAGCACAUUGGUACAGCAAAGUACAAUAAAUUAAGACUUUAACACUUUUAUAGUUCAUUAAAAAUAACUAAGGAAUAAUUUUAGAAAAUUAAAAUACGAUAUUUCAAUUAUUUAACACCUACUCAGGUGCAAAAUAAUAUAUAUUGCUAUGAUUAAUAAAAUAUUAAAACUGUAUAUUUAACAUAGUUCCUAAAAUUUAAGAUGAUUACAUAUAUAAUUUUGUUUGGAAACAUUUACUUACAAAGCAAUUAUUUUUCUUUUUUUUCUUUUAUAUUUUGAAUAUUAGAUAUUAUAAAUUAUGCGUGAUUUAAAUACACAAAGAAACCAAAUGAAAUUAGAGAUAUGUUUUAAAUAGAUAUGCGUUUUCAUUUAGAACGCAUAAUGUUUUAUUUAGAAAGCUUCAAGAAUAUAGUAAUUGAGUUUACAUUAUAUCUCUAUUUUAGAUGGUUACAAAUUGAAAAAAAAAAACUUGUAUGAAGAUAGAAAAAAUAAUUGUAUGAAGAUUAAUAAAAAUGUUGAAAAUAUAUA